AUGGUGAAUGGUGAUGGUGGUGAUGGUGGCAGCAAUGGUGGACUUAUAAUGGUGGUGCUAAUAGAGGGAUGUGGUGGUUGGGGUGCAGAGUUAACAAUGGUGGUAGGGCAGCGGUUGCGUUGGCAGUGGUGGUGGAUAUGGUUGCAGUGGUGGUGGUGGAUGUGGUUGCAGUGGUGGCAAUUUCAGUUUGGUGGUGGUGGUGACGGUGGUGGUAAUGAUGGUGGCAACAAUCGUGGUAGUGGUGAUUAUGGUUGUGGUGGCAGCGGUGGCGAUUGCAGUUAUGGUGGUGGUGAUGGCAGUGAUGGUGGUGACAAUAGUGGUAGUAGCGGUUGUGUAUGUGAAUGUGGUGACAGUGGUGAAAGUUGUGGUUAUGGUGAUGGUGGUGGUGGUGGUGGUAACAGUGUUGGUGAUAGGUGA